AUGAGAUUAGAUCAUGAUAAAAAUGUUAAAGCUGUAGAAGGUAGAUUACUUAUUGAAGAAAAAGCUAGAUAUAAUCAUUAAAUUGAAUUAUUAAAGAAAAAGGAAAUGAAAGCUUAACAAACUUUGAAGGUUCACACUUUUAUUUAUUUAAAUUUAUUCUUUUUAUUACAAUUAAUUUAUAAAUUUAUGAGUAAUUUUUGCAAUUCAAUAUUUUAUCUGUAUUCCUAAAUCAAUAAUUAAGAGAGCUGAAAAUGAAAGUUAAGCUAUUAAAGAUGACAUGUAAAAAUUAGAAACUAAUCUAAAGAUAGAUAAUUAAUUGAGGAAUAAAUACAAUAAGAAAGGGAAAAGGUUCAUUAAACACAUUUACAAAUUAGCAAAAGAAGUAUUAAAUAAGAAAAAAUGAUUAAUAAUAAUAAUGUUUUGGAUCAUCAUAUUGACAAUCUAAUAAAAAAAUAGAUGAAACAUUUUUCAUCUUAAAUAUUUAAAAAGGUAAUUAAUUAUUAUUAUAUUUUUAGAUAGAGGAAUAGAUGAUAUCUAAUAAAGGAGGUUAAUAUAAGAAAGACAAUAUGCUUUACAUAAGACUAAUUUGUAAUUAUAGCAUUAGAGAACCUUAGAAUAAGAAAGACUCAUGA